AUGGCGACCGAGGAGUCGAGACUUUUUGAUCAGUGCUGUCUUGGCAUUAUUUGCUCCACUGAUCUCACGCGAGAAUAUGCAGAGCAGCUCGCGACAACACUCGAGGAGAAUGGCGGCGAGCCACUGAUUGUGCAGCCCGGGGCUGAGAUCCCGGACAUUGGCAAGUUCAGUCAUUUAAUCUCAACUACCGUCGACUUCGAAGCCUACGAUACCACUUGCGAUGCAUUGAUCCCCGUGGUGAAGCCGAAGUGGGUGACGACCUCACUGUCCAAGCAGAAGCUCGUCAACCCCCGUCAAUACAGCCCCGAUCCGCGCCUAUUCAUGAACGAUGUCGUCGUCACUUGCGGGGACAUACCAGGGGGUGAUAAAGAUGCCAUCAUCGGUGGUGUGAUUGCGAAAGGUGGGCUGUACUCCCCUCGAGUCUCCCAGUUGGUGACCCACUUGGUCGACCUCACCGCCGAUUCCGACAAAGCACGCACGGUCAAGGCAAAGAAUAUGAAGACUAAGAUUGUGCUACCGCAUUGGUUUGAUGACUGUUUGAAACUUGGUCGCCGUAUUGAUGAAGGUCCGUACAUGCUCCCGGACCCGGAGAUCCUGCGUGCAGGGCUCGAGACGCCGAUUCGGCAAGCCGAGAACAAAGAUUUGGUUGGCGCGUCAACGACAGAUCCUGACAAGCUACCGACGUUACAUAACACGGGUCAGCGCAGCGUCUUUCAAGGAAAGUCGAUCAUGUUAUCUCAAGACCUUGGGAUUGGCUCGCAUCUGCAACAGUCCCUAGAAUCUGUGUUGGAGGAUGGCGGUGCCAAAAUGACAUCGAAUAUUGACAGUGCGGAUAUGUUGAUCUGCCGAUACCGAGAGGGCUUUGCAUACCGUACAGCAUCACGACUGAACAUAGACGUUGGAAAUCUUGCAUGGCUCUACAGACUUAUGACAUUUAACACAUACACUUCCCCCCUCAGGCGUCUGCUACACUACCCUGUCUCUCGAACGGGAAUCCCUGGGUUCGAGGGAUUGAAGAUCAGUUUAUCGAACUAUGUUGGCGAAGCGAGAAUCUACUUGGAGAAUCUGAUUGCUGCAGCGGGUGCCGAAUGUACAAAGACCCUAAAGCAGGAGAACACACAUCUGAUCACAGCUCAUGGAAACAGCGAGAAGUGCACUGCCGCGAAGGAAUGGGGCCUCGAAGUCGUCAAUCAUCUUUGGCUGGAAGACAGCUAUGCAAGGUGGAAACUGCAACCGGCUUCCGAUCCACGUUACAGUCACUUCCCGCUGCGAACAAACCUCGGAGAAGUCGCAGGCCAGACCCGUCUUGACCGAAACGUCCUGGAACAAGUCUUCUUUUCUUCUGAGAAAGCGGUUACUCAAAGUCCCCGCCGCUCACCGCAAAAGAAAGAUCAGGUUGUGAUUCCCGUACAGCCUCCUCCCGAGAAGAAACGAAAGAUCGAGGAAGACGGCCCAAAGGCUUCGCGUGGUACUCCACAAACCAACGGCAAGACAAGUCGUCCUAUUGAAACUCCCGCGCGGACUAGGAUCAUGUCAGAAGGCAAAGAAAACGAAACGCCUUCAUCUACCAGCAGUCGGAAAUCGAAGGACGCUGCCACCGCCAAACUCCACGAAUAUGCUCCUGACUUGGCUCUCUACGAAAAGGAGCGGAAACGUGUUGGCGGUGUGAUCUACGGCGGCAGGCGCAAAUCAGACGAGGACCGUGUGCAGGAAAAGAAGAAGCGAGUUGAGGUUGAGAUCGAGGAUGACAGCGAUGACGAACAGGCUGUCGACGUCAAACGUCAGAAAAGGACCCGGCCGCCAAUCGCCAUGCGUCUGCUUAUUACCGGCUACCAGAAAUGGGUGGGCAAAGGGAAUGAAAAGAAGGAGGAUGCAGACAAGCGAGCCCUUCGAGACAUCGGCAUCAUGGUGGUUCAAGAUGCCAAACGGUGCACUCAUCUGGCUGCACCUUCCAUCCUGCGAACCACCAAAUUUGUUAAUGCCUUGGCAUUCGGAGCCAUCAUUGUGAACACUGAAUUCAUAACCGCCUGUCUCAAGGCCAAUGAAUUACUCAAUCCUUCAGACUUCCCCCUGGAAGACAAGGUAUCCGAAGAGAAAUACAGCAUCAAGCUCGAUGUCGUCACGGCCAAUGCAAAGAGGAACAAGCAUAAGAUGUUGCAAGGGUAUCGCAUCUUCUGUGUGGAAGAUAUUCGAGGCGGCUUUGAUGCCUUCAAGUCCAUCGUUGAGGCGAACGGCGGUCAAUGCAUGCUCUUCCGCGGCCGCCUCGCUCUUACAAACUCUUCUCGACGAGAAGAGAGCGAUGACGAAGAGACCGAUGGCGAGGAUGAACAGCACUCUGCACGCCACGAGGUCUUCCUCCUGAGCAGUGCCGAAACCAAGCACAGCCGGGUGUGGCCUCGAUUCCGCCAGGUGGCGCUCGAUAUCGAGAAGACCCCACGGAUUGUUCGCGUUGACUGGCUGCUCGACAUGGCCAUGUCACAGUCCAUCCGUCCCGCUGACCAAUACGAGUUGACCGACGAAAUGGUCGAAGACAUGGAGGAGUAA